AUCUUUUCUCCUCUACAUAAGCCGCACUCCUUGCUAUUCAUUUCUCUCACAUCCCCUCUCUCUCUCUCUCUACUUCUAGAGUGAGACGAAGCAAAUAGUGUGUGUCUCAUCUAUUCAUUCCUUCUCAAUCUCCAAAUCAAUCUUCACAACAAAAUGAAGAAAUCCCAGUUUUGAUCUGCAACAUUCUUUCAUUUUUUUCUCAAAAAGCCCAUAUUUUUUUCUUUCAUUUUUUUUUGUUUUUUUAAUUGUUUUUUAGGGUUUCUUGAAAUGGCACCCUCUGAUUUUGCACUUUCAAGCCUACUGUGUGAAGAAGACAAUGAUUCCAUUUCUUAUGAUGAUUAUGCUGAUGUUGAUGAUUUUAGAGGUUUAGACUGGAAUAUUAAUCAGGGUCAUAAUCAAAAUCCAAUCUUGAAAAUGAAAGAUGAAACAGAGUACUAUUUUCUCGAUCUGCCUUUGCAAAAUGAUGCAAGAUUGACCUUGUUGACUUCAAAAGAACAUGAACAAAAUGUGGGUUUGGAUCUUUAUUUGAAAAGAUUGAAAGAUCAAAACUUGUUUUUGGUUGCCAGACAACAAGCUGUUGAUUGGAUUUUAAAGGUCAAUGCUCAAUUUAAUUUUGGACCAUUAUGUGCAUAUCUAUCUGUAAAUUAUUUGGACAGAUUUCUUGCAGUUUAUGAAUUACCUAAGGACAGCCCUUGGAUGAUGCAGUUGCUGAGUGUAACCUGUUUAUCACUUGCAGCCAAAGUGGAAGAAACUGAAAUUCCCACAAUUUUGGAUUUGCAGGUUGGUGAAUCAAGAUUUGUGUUUGAAGCAAAAACAAUUCAAAAAAUGGAAUUGAUUGUUUUGAGCACAUUGAAGUGGAGAAUGCAAUCAGUGACUCCAUUUUCCUUCAUUGAUUCAUUCAUUAGAAAGGUUAAUGAUGAUGGUCAAAGUCAAACCAAUUUAAGAUCUUUAAUCUUGAGGUCUACCCAGAUUAUUUUAGGUUUGAUCCAAGGUAUUGAAUUCUUGGAAUUUCAACCUUCUGAGAUAGCAGCAGCAGUGGCCAUAUGUGUAGUUGGAGUUGAAGUUGAAAAGAUUCAAACUUUAGCACUCUUUGAGCAUUUAAACAAGGAGAGGGUUCUAAAGUGUGUGGAAGUUGUGAUCAAGAGUUGUACCAUGAGCUUUGGGAGUGGUACAUUGCCUGAAAGUCCAAUUGGUGUGCUUGAGGCUGCAAUCUUGAGCAAUAAAAAUGAUGAUUCACCUACUUGUGCUAAAAGGAGGAGGCUCAACAAUAUUAGCUUGUGAAAAAAUAUGGAUGAAAAUAAAUCUUAGGGAUUUAUUUUUUAAGUUUUGGUAGUAUGGUUGGUUGUGAAAUGUCAAAACUACCCCUUAAGAAUAAAAAGAAAAGAAAAAAAUGGGGAUAAUAAACUAAAAUGGUUAGCAUUUUUUAAUUAUAGAAGCCAUUAAAGUAAGGAGAGUAGCUGAGGAAAUUAUAAAAAUGGAAAUAUAUACAUUAAAUUUUGUUUUAUUGGUGGAUACAA